CUAAAAAAAUAGUCCAAAUAAAAAAACUAAGAAAAUACCCCUUUCUCCAACUCCUUGUAAUCCGUCCCUUUGCCCAGUUCGCUUCAGGAGAGGGUUUCUCGAAAGAUCGAUUCGUCCUUUGCAUUGAUCUAAUGGCGACGACGGAGGCCAAACCGACGGCGACUGAGGACGCGAAGAUCGAUCUAUUCGAGGAUGACGACGAAUUUGAGGAGUUCGAAAUCGAUCAAGAAUGGGAUGACAAAGAAGAGGGCAAAGAAGCUCUACAGCAGUGGGAGGAUGACUGGGACGAUGACGAUGUCAAUGAUGACUUUUCUCUGCAGUUGAGGAAGGAAUUGGAAAGCAACAAUGCUGAGAAAAAGUGAUCAGAAAGCACAAUGCUGAGAAAAAGUGAUCAGCUAUCUAAAAUUGUUAUUCUAGUCUUUGGUCUUUUUUCUUCUCUCUUCACAUUGCUUGAUACUUGAUGUAACGCUAGUUGGAAGCUUAUAUCUGUUAUCCGUUAACCAGACCACCAAAGGUCUCCAUGCCAAGUGGGAACCCGUCAUGUAGAUCUACGCUAGAAGAUUCUCCUGAUCUUGUAUCAGCUUCAGAUGCCUAUCUAGAAGAUUCCCAUCCAGACCCUGUCAAGUACCUGUCUUCAGUCCUUGCCGAUUGAGUGUAUCCAGCUACCCAAGCUUUCUUCUUUCUACUCUUUGAGUUUGUUUGGGUAAUACUAAAUGUUGGUUUCACCAGUUUAAUGCUCCGGCUGAUGGUAAAAAUUCUCGUUACUCAAGCUUAUGAUUGAAGGUGGUUUUGUUGCUAAAACUUAGAGUUUUAUAUUAGAGUUUUGUCUAGGUGGAGCACAUGUAUCAGAAGUAAACUUUUUAGAAAGCCACUAUUAUUUCAAAUAAUUUCUAGGAGCUGAGUUGUCUGU